AUUCUUCUAAAUAAAUGAAUGGGGGUUAGGGACUAUUAGAAUAUUGACCGCUGACUUGUACGACUUAACUUGACAAGCAACCGGCAACCGCCAAAUCGACAACAACAAGACCAAACUCCAAACUAUCUGAACUGCACCCGAUCCUUUGGUGAAAUCAGUACACUCCCUCUUCUCCUCCAGAUCCCUCACUCUGUUAUUCGAUCCAACUCAAGUAAAUUAGCAAGAUGAGUCAAGUCUUUGAAGGAUACGAACGCCAAUAUUGCGAACUCUCUGCUAAUCUCUCACGUAAAUGCAGUUCCGCUUCUCUUCUUUCUGACAAAGAAGAGAAGCUGCAAAAAAUUUCUGAGAUCAAAACUGGAAUUGAUGACGCAGAUGUUCUGAUUCGGAAGAUGGACCUUGAGGCAAGAAGUCUGCAGCCAAGUGUAAAAGCAAUGCUUCUUGCAAAGUUGAGGGAAUAUAAAUCUGAUCUAAACAACUUGAAAAAGGAGUUUAAAAGAUUAACAUCUCCCACUGCUGAUCAGGCUGCCCGGGACGAUUUGUUGGAGACCGGAAGGGCAGAUGCAUAUUUGGCAUCUUCUGAUCAGAGAGAAAGAUUAACUAUGUCAGUGGAGAGAUUAAAUGAGUCGAGUGAUAGAAUCAGGGAGAGCCACAGAACAGUGCUGGAGACCGAAGAACUCGGCGUCUCAAUCCUCCAAGAUUUACACCAGCAGCGCGAGACUCUCCUGAGCUCCCAUAAAAGGCUUCAUGGGGUGGAUAAUGCUAUUGACAAGAGUAAGAAAGUUUUAACCACCAUGUCACGGAGAAUAACAAGAAACAAAUGGAUUGUUGGAUCUUUGAUUGGAGCUCUUGUUUUUGCAGUAGUUGUUAUUCUGUUUUACAAGCUAUCGCGUUAGGUAAUAUGCACAAGAUACGACACAAUUCAAGUGAUCUCAUAUACACUGUAUCAUUGUAUGUGUUUGGUUGUAUAUAGGUACCAUAUAUGAUGUUUGUCAUAUCCCUGCAAUUGUUUCUCCAUCGUUAUUUUUUAUGAUUGGUGAAGUUUUCGAUGA